AUGUCAUUGAGCCAUCUCACUUUAGACCAAUAUUAUGAGAUACAAUGCAAUGAGCUUGAAGCCAUGCGUUCCAUUUAUAUGGAUGAUUUUAGUGAUUUGACUAAAAAGAGAUCUAGCUGGGAUAAGCAACCUCAAAUCAUAUUCGAAGUCUCCCUUCGAUCUGUUGACAAAGAACCAGUGGAAUCAUCUUUGACAUUGCAUUUUGCUAUGACACCAAUGUAUCCUUUUACCGCCCCAGAAAUAGAAUUCAAGAAUAUAGAAAAUGUAAUGGAUAGUCACCUAGAGGUGCUAAGGACUGAAUUCAAAAAAAUUCAUAAUACUUCCCGGGGUCAAGAGAUUAUAUUCGAGAUUACCUCCUUCACACAGGAGAAGUUGGACGAGUUUCAAAAUGUAGUUAAUACACACUCUUUGGAAGAUGAUCGCCUACAAAGGAUAAAAGAAACUAAAGAAAAGUUGGAAAAGGAAGAAAGGGAAAAGCAACGGGAGACGAUAAAGAGAAGAUCUGACGAACAGCGCAGGAUAGAUGAAAUUGUUCAAAGAGAAUUGGAGAAAAGACAAGACGAUGAUGAUGAUGAAUUGCUACUCAAUAGGUCCACGCAAUUAGACUUACAUCCUCCUUCGGAAUGGGUUGCAUCAGGGGAAGCCAUUGUCUUUUCGAAAACUAUAAAAGCAAAACUACCUAAUAACUCAAUGUUCAAAUUUAAGGCAGUUGUGAAUCCCAAGCCCAUAAAAUUAAUUUCAGACCUAUUCAGCUUUUCGAAGCAAUUUCUCGUAAAGCCUUAUAUACCACCCGAAUCUCCCCUAGCAGAUUUUCUAAUGUCAUCUGAAAUGAUGGAAAAUUUUUAUUAUUUACUAUCCGAAAUUGAGUUGGAUAAUAGUUAUUUUAAUACAAGCAAUGGAAAGAAAGAAAUAGCGAACUUGGAGAAGGAAUUGGAGACUGUGCUAAGAGUCAAGCACGAUAAUGUAAAUCGAUUGUAUGGUUACACAGUUGAGCGUAAGGGGAGAAACAAUGCCACAUUUGUUUGGAAAAUCAGGAUUUUGACUGAGUACUCUAACUACUAUCCUGUAGGAGAUUUGAUACAAUCCGUCGGAUUUGUUAAUUUAGCGACAGCACGUAUUUGGAUGAUCAGGCUACUAGAAGGAUUGGAAGCUAUACACAAAUUAGGUAUUGUUCAUAGAUGUAUCAACUUAGAUACAGUAAUUUUGGUCAAGGAUGCAGAUUUCGGAAGUACUAUUCCUAAGCUAGUUCAUUCUACUUAUGGUUAUGUCAUUUUAAAUAUGCUAUCGAGAUAUCCAAACAAACACGGUUCUUCGAUUGAGUUACCUCCAGACACAUGGAUAGCCCCUGAGUUGGUGAAAUUUAAAAAUUCUAAGCCUCAAAGACUGACUGAUAUCUGGCAACUUGGUGUUUUAUUUAUUCAAAUAAUAAGUGGUUCUGAUACAGUUAUAAACUUUACAACACCCCAAGAAUUUCUGGACUCAACCAGUAUGAAUGAGAGUUUGUAUGACCUUCUUUCAAAAAUGCUUCAUGUUGAUCCCAAGAAAAGAUUAGGAACAUUAGAAUUAUUGCCUAUGAAGUUCUUGAGGACCAAUAUUGACUCUACUAUAAAUCGGUUUAACUUAGUUUCCGAAGGCACCAAUUGCAAUUCAUUGGAUCAAGUUUCUGGAGACACCGUUAACUGUGGGGGUGGAAGCCGAAGAACUAUUUCACAAACUAGUAUACGAAGAAGAUCUUUUAACGUUGGCUCUAGAUUUUCUUCUAUAAAUCCUGCGACACGAUCUCGAUAUGCUUCUGAUUUUGAAGAAAUUGCAGUUUUGGGCCAGGGCGCAUUCGGUCAAGUGGUUAAAGCACGUAACGCUCUUGACAGCAGGUAUUAUGCAAUCAAAAAGAUCAGACAUACAGAAGAAAAACUGUCUACUAUUUUAAGCGAAGUGAUGUUAUUAGCGAGCUUGAAUCAUCAGUAUGUUGUUCGCUAUUAUGCUGCAUGGCUAGAAGAAGACAAUGUUGAUGAGAACGUUUUUGAGUCGACUGAAGAAGAAAGCGAUGUAAGCGAAUCCUGCUCUGAUUUUGAAGAAAACGAUUUAUUGGACCAAAGCAGUAUUUUUAAAAGUAGGACAAAUCAUGAUUUGGAUAACAGUAACUGGGAUUUCAUAUCUGGCUCAGGAUAUCCUGACAUCGUUUUUGAAAACAGUUCUCGUGAAAAUGAAAAAGAAGGUGUGAGCCAUGAUCCUUCUUCUUCUUCUUCCUCUUCUUCCUCUUCUUCCUCUUCUUCUUCAAGCGAAAGUGAUGAAGAUACUAGUAAAGAAUCAAUGAGCAGCCUGAAACCAUUGAAAAGGAAGAAUCGCAUGAUGCCUAUGACGGCUGUAAAAAAGAAAAGCACCCUUUUCAUCCAAAUGGAGUACUGUGAAAAUAGAACAUUAUAUGAUUUGAUCCAUUCUGAAAAUCUGAGUCAACAGCGUGAUGAAUAUUGGAGGUUAUUUCGACAAAUAUUGGAGGCUUUGAGCUAUAUACAUUCCCAAGGUAUUAUCCAUAGAGAUUUAAAGCCAAUGAAUAUUUUUAUCGAUGAAUCGAGAAACGUAAAAAUCGGUGAUUUUGGGUUAGCUAAGAAUGUGCAUAGAUCUCUAGAUAUUCUCAAGUUAGAUUCACAAAAUCUGCCAGGUAGUUCAGACAACUUGACCUCUGCGAUUGGUACAGCUAUGUAUGUCGCUACUGAAGUUUUGGAUGGUAAAGGCCAUUAUAAUGAAAAGAUUGAUAUGUACUCACUUGGAAUCAUAUUUUUUGAAAUGAUUUAUUCAUUCAGUACCGGUAUGGAGAGAGUUAAUAUUUUGAAGAAGUUACGGUCAGUGUCGAUAGAGUUUCCUCCUGAUUUUGACGAUAACAAGAUGAAAGUUGAGAAGAAGAUAAUAAGGCUAUUGGUGGAUCAUGACCCUAAUAAAAGGCCAGGCGCCAGGAUGCUCUUAAAUAGUGGUUGGCUUCCAGUAAAGCACCAAGAUGAAGUGAUCAAAGAAGCGUUAAAGAGUUUGUCGAAUCCAUCGUCCCCUUGGCAACAACAGGUGAGAGAAAGCUUGUUUGACCAGUCUUACAGCUUAACAAAUGAUAUACUGUUUGAUAUUUCCAUCCCAACAUCUACUCCGUUUGCAAACAUCCUCAGAUCUCAAAUGACUGAAGAGGUAGUUAAAAUUUUUAGGAAACACGGAGGUAUUGAGAACAAUGCCCCUCCGAGGAUUUUUCCAAAGGCUCCUAUAUAUGGUACGCAAAACGUGUAUGAAGUCCUUGAUAAAGGCGGUACUGUUUUACAACUGCAAUAUGAUUUAACUUAUCCGAUGGCUCGGUAUUUGUCUAAGAACCCAAGUUUAAUUUCUAAGCAGUAUAGAAUGCAACACGUUUACAGACCUCCUGAUCACUCGAGGUCAAGCUUGGAACCUAGAAAGUUUGGCGAGAUUGAUUUUGAUAUAAUAUCAAAAUCUUCUUCGGAGUCAGGCUUUUAUGAUGCAGAAAGUCUGAAAAUUAUAGACGAAAUUUUAACCGUAUUUCCUGUAUUUGAAAAAACAAAUACAUUUUUUAUAUUAAACCACGCUGAUAUUUUAGAAAGUGUUUUUAAUUUUACAAAUAUCGAUAAAGCUCAAAGACCUCUGGUCUCACGUAUGCUUUCACAAGUCGGAUUUGCAAGAUCGUUCAAGGAAGUGAAGAAUGAAUUAAAGGCACAAUUAAAUAUAUCUUCUACAGCAUUAAAUGAUUUGGAGCUGUUUGAUUUCAGAUUGGAUUUUGAAGCAGCUAAGAAGCGUCUUUAUAAAUUAAUGAUCGAUAGUUCCCAUCUCAAAAAAAUUGAGGAUUCUUUGUCGCACAUGGCGAAAGUGCUUGGUUUUCUGAAGCCCCUUGAGGUUACUAGAAAUGUUGUCAUAUCGCCAUUGAGUAACUAUAACAGCGCUUUCUACAAAGGAGGUAUCAUGUUUCAUGCAGUGUAUGACGACGGGUCAUCGCGUAACAUGAUAGCUGCCGGAGGAAGGUAUGAUACUCUGAUAUCAUUUUUUGCCAGGCCAUCAGGUAGAAAGAGUAGCAAUACACAAAGAGCCGUAGGAUUUAACCUGGCUUGGGAGACGAUUUUUGGUAUAGCUCAGAACUAUUUUAAACUGGCCUCUGGAAAUAGAAUUAAAAAGAGAAAUAGAUUUCUGAAAGAUACCGCUGUUGAUUGGAAGCCGAGCAGAUGUGAUGUUUUGAUAUCAAGUUUUUCGAACUCUUUACUGGACACUAUCGGAAUUACAAUAUUAAACACACUAUGGAAGAAAAAUAUCAAAGCAGAUAUGCUAAGAGAUUGUUCAUCGGUGGACGAUGUCGUUAGCGGUGCCCAGCAAGAUGGUAUAGAUUGGAUCUUGCUAAUUAAGCAGCAAGCAUAUCCACUAACCAACCAGAAAAGAAAAUACAAGCCACUAAAGAUAAAAAAACUGAGUACAAACGUUGACAUAGAUUUAGAUCUUGACGAAUUUUUAACCUUAUACCAGCAAGAAACUGGUGGCAAACCCUUAAUCAACGAUAGCUUAACCCUAGGUGAUAAAAUUGAUGAGUUUAAAAGAUGGGAUGAAAGCAGCAGUGCCGGUAGUAGUCAAGAGGGAGAUGCAGAUGAUGUUGUUGCUGGUUCAACUAAUAAUCAAAAGGUAAUUUAUGUUCCGAAUAUGGCUACAAGAUCUAAGAAAGCCAAUAAAAGAGAAAAAUGGGUAUACGAGGACGCAGCUAGAAAUUCUUCGAAUAUGGUAAUACAUAGUUUAUCCAAUGCACCAAUUAUUACUGUUGAUGCAUUGAGGGAUGAAACCUUGGAAAUUAUCUCAAUUACAUCCCUGGCUCAGAAGGAAGAAUGGCUGAGGAAAGUAUUUGGGUCAGGUAAUAAUUCAACCCCUAGGAGCUUUGCCACGAGCAUUUAUAACAACCUCUCCAAGGAGGCCCAUAAAGGAAAUAAAUGGGCCAUUUUGUAUUGCCACAAGACUGGGAAAUCAUCUGUUAUUGACUUACAAAGAUGA